AUGGAUCAACUCCGUGACGACGAAUCAUCGACACCUUCGGCAUCUGGUCAGACAUUUCGUCUUCAAGUUAAUGGCAAAGUUGUCCUCAUAUUGGCCCGCUUCCGGAUACUGAUUAGCCUUUCUCUCUUCGGCGAAUAUGCCAUUACGACUCUUGUCUACUUCUGUGGGUUUCCUGAAGGCAGAGAUGGAGUCAGCACAGAUCGUUUAACUUGA